AUGACAUCCAUCACGGCUCUCUUACAGUAUUUGUACGCCUGGUACAACUGGCUCUUCCCCAGCCCGGCCCCGGCAGCCACAAAAUGUCCGAUUCUCGAGCUGCCAGACGAGCUCGUCCUCUGCAUUACGGACCACCUCGCCGCCCACGACCAGUUUCUCCUCUCGCAAACUUGCCGGACCAUGCAAAGGCUGGCAUCUCGCGACUGGAACGAGUACGUGCGUUCCCGGUCCCCUCCCGAGAGGAACGAAUUCCUCAUAGGCGUGGCCUUUGGCGCUCCAUAUCACUGGGCCUGUGAAACUUGCGGCCGGCUUCACGUCGUCGAUCCGCACGAUUUGCCUUCGGAGAGGAGGCUGCGUCCUUGCGUGCGGCCAACGGAUUACGGGGCACGUACAUGGGCCCGAUAUUAUCUCGAGCAUCAUCACAUCCAGCUUGCUCUGAAGCUUUCUGGCCGAGAAUCCAAUAGAGACCAUCUCGAAAGACUACUGACUACUCAUCAUUAUGCGACCAGCUCUAGGAUGCCCAUGACAUAUAGUGCGAGCCCCCGGAUUGUCGAAGGGCACUUUCUCUUGUAUGAGAAGAUAGUUGUCGGAGACUGCGACAGGCGAGCCACAUACUCGAGCAUGCAGCAGAGCCUGGUCACCAUCUGCCCACAUCUGGCCAUGGUAGACAGCCCGUUGGACUAUCGCCGGAUGAUGGCGUGGCUUCACCAAACAGCAGAGUUCCACCAAGCCGUGGCCCACGCGGUCAUCAAUCCAGGGCAAGAGGUACAUCGCCAUUGCAGGUGGUGCCCGACCGAUUACACAGCCGUUUAUUACCAGCUCAGCGGGCAGCUCGUCUUCAGUGCCUGGCAUGACUUUGGUGCGUAUGGCUCUGUUUCGAAUCGACACUGGAGCUCUCAGGCGCGGCGCCAGAGCGGCCUUGGUCCCCAACUGCCUCCUCGGUUUAAUCGAAUGCCAGGGGCAUGCCGUGCUGCAUAUACGAAUAAACGUUUAUGGAGGCUAUGA